AUGGUCCUACUCUAUCGUGUCAGUGACGCCGACGCCCAAGCAAAGCGUCACCCGGGUCAGGGUAUCGUCACUAUAGAGGACAUGCAGGUCGAAGUAAGACCGUUUUUGGACUGGCGAAAAUGCACCCCACGGGAGUACCGGAAAUACGCGGAAUUGCUGUACGAACACAUGGACUGGCAAUCCGACGCCAUGUCUCCAUUCAUCUCAGCCACGAGGGACUACAACUGGGCGAGAGGCGAAGCCCGCCGGCGAGUGGAACAGGGAAACCAAGAUGUUGUCAUCUACCACAUCGAAACAAAAAUUUCAAGUGGAAAUGUACAGUUCCGACCUAUUUUAAGUCUUCUCGAGCGACUGGGAAUUGAGGAGGACGAGCUCAACUACGGCGCCCAGGCUCUGCUUGACCAUGAGUGCCUCUUCUUGCAUCAGAUACCGGAGGAAUCAAUCGUGAGGACAGAGCACUUCAGGAGUCUUUAA